UCAUCAUAUAUAACAAAAUACUCUUUAACCACAAUAUCAAGUCAAAUGAAUCGUGCAACCUAUGACCAUCAUAACCAAUUGCAAGCCUGGAUUGAUUGCAUUGCAUCAUCAUUAAAGGUUAUGGUAUUAAUAAUCAAACAUUGCAGCAAUAAUAAGGUACAAGUAACCCACAUAUUGCACUUGGACUACCAACCAGGAAUAAGACGAAUCAACCGGAGCCACAAUUGACUCCGGUCUAUUCCCAGGGGCUUUCCGAGCAAUCAAUUAAUCAUCGGCUCUUAUAAGCGUGCUGACUACAGUACAGUAGCUUCUAGGCGGGGAGAGCAAGUGUCUUUGGAAAGCAAGUGUUCUUGUAAGAUCUUGGUAUGUAGCAAUUCUACCGGUCUUUAGUAUAUUCUAUAUCAAAAUUACCUAUACUAUGGCCAUAUCUGCUCUCCGGGCGUUUGUCCCCUACUAGGAACUAGUCUGCCGCUUAUAAAAGCCGUUCACUCUGUACAUGUGUUAGUCGAAACUACCUUCCACCCCCUCCGCCGCGUACGGCCGUCCUGGUUGCUAGAUUUGGGAAACAAAGAUUCACAAUAUGGAUCCAUCGACUACACAUAGUCAAAUCAGAGAUGUCCCAGCAUCAAGUAUGAGGAGUUAUCUGUUUGUAAGCAAGAUACCGUGGAUGAUGGUCCGCAAGCAGCUUGAUAUUUGCUAAUUAGGAUGAGUAUCUCUUGUGUAUAAGUACACCUCUUUCCCUCUAACUUGAAGGUUGUCCAAAGACACCUCACAAUCACCAUAGUUUCAUACACACCAACGUUUGGGGCAUCCAAUCAUUCAUGAUAAUUCAAAAAAGUCUCUUGAUUACAUACAUUUGAAAUCAAAUUCUUCUCACAAGCCAUCAUGUCGAAUAUCAUUCUCAUCCUCGGUGGGGGUCCUAAUGUUGGGCUCAACGUUGCUCGUGUUUUCUCAACAAAGGGUUCAUACAAGACUGUAUCUGUAUCACGAACUCCCAAAGGAGAGCUCACCAAAGCGACCGAUCUAUCUAUUCAAGCCGAUUUUAAUGAUCCUAACAGCAUCAAAACGAUCUUUGAUGAAGUGAAACAAAAGUUUGGAGUUCCUAAUGUGGUGGUUUACAAUGGUUUGUCCCUACCUUUUAAGCUGAAAGUCCCAAUUGUUCAGGAUGCCAUCCUGCAAUCUCAGAUUUUUGAUUCUUUAAAACCAUGUCCUCCGUUGAUGAGUCCUUUUGAGAUGAGAUGAGCAGCCUAAACUCAUGGAUAACUUGUUCGAAACCAAUGGAAACACACUGACGAAUACAAUAGCCUACUCGUAUACACCUUGUGCCAACCCUCUUGCAAUUCCAGUCGAACAAUUCAACAAAGAUCUCAAUGUAGUUGUUACUUCAGCAUAUGCUGCUGCAUAUGAGGCUGUAGAGGGUUUCAAAACCCUUCCCGAAGGCAUCACCAAGACAUUCAUCUACAACGGAAACAUAACGAAUCGCCGACCUAUGCCAGGAAUGCUUGCAAUUGGCAUGGGAAAGUCUGCUGUAGCUCACCUUAUUCACGCCGCCUCAGAAUUAUAUAAGAAAGAUGGAUAUAGGUGAGUAAAAAAUAAAUGGAAUUGUGGAUGCGAGCUGACAUGUAUCAUAGAUUUUACUGGGCGGAUGAGCGAACCCCAGAGGGAGGAAUGAUUGGAUAUGAAAUUAAUGGUGAGGCACAUGGAGAUUUCUUCUAUGAGUUGGCGACUAGUGAGAAGCCUUUGCCUUGGGAUGCUACUUUUGUGGCUGGAAAGGGCUACGUUGACUUCCAUGGAUAUUUUUGUUGGAAAGCUUAAGCAGUAGCAAGGAAAGGAGAGGGAGUUGUUUCGUUUCGAAAGGACUAUAGUGAAUAGGAAAUGAGAUUCGUGGCUAGCAUUCAAUGCCUCCUGAGUCCUGGGAGGACCAUGAGGCGGGUCAUGGAGGUUCCGCCUUGGAGAUAUUAUUGAUAUUUUCGAGUCCAAAGAAAGGAUCCAACAAAGUUCUAUGUAUCUAUCUCAGUUAUAAAAUGUAUAAAAAUCAAG